GACCCUGACCAAGGGUCAGUGCCUAGGUAGCCACCUCCUCUCUAGCACACCUACCACCUACGUCCUGGAGAGCAGGAGAGACCCUGCCUGCUUAGAUCCAACUGCUGGGACUGCCACCACUGAACUGACCCCACGAGCCAUGCUGUUCAUUCUCUUGGUCACCUUGGCCAUAGCCCAGGGAAAUCCUGUCUCCAUUCAGGAUGACAUCCAAGUGCAGGAGAAUUUUAAUCUCUCUAGGAUAUUUGGAAAAUGGUAUGAUAUAGCUAUGGCCUCCAACUGCCCAUGGCUGAAACGGCUCAACCGCCCAUUGUCUAUGGGGACCCUGGUCCUGGGCCAGGGGCAGACUGACCAGGAGAUCAGCACCAUCAGAACCAGGUUCAGGAAAGGUGUCUGCGAACAAGUUUCUGAUGUUCAUGAGAAAACUGACACUGAAGGGAAAUUCUCCUAUUACAACUCCAAGUGGAAUGUGACCAUGGAGUACUUUGUAGUCCAUACCAACUAUGAUGAGUAUGUCAUGAUUCUGAAACAUAAACUGAGGCACUCUGGACCUUCUACAACUGUGACUCUCUAUGGUCGGAGACCCCAGAUUCGAAACAGCCUCCUGGAGGAAUUCAAGGACUUUGCCCUGAGUUUGGGCAUCCCUGAAAGUUCUAUCUAUUUCAAGUUAGACAAAGGUGAAUGUGUUCCUGGGGAGAGAGAACCUGUCCCCCAGCCUCAGAGAAACCGGAGGGCUGUGUUACCUCUGGAGACUGAGGCAUCUGGAGCUGGUCCACUGACCAGUGGGCUUGUCAAAAAAGAAGAUUUCUGCCACCUGAAGCAAGAUGUGGGGCCAUGCCUAGGGAUGAUCAGGAGAUACUUCUAUAAUGUCUCUUCCAUGGCCUGUGAGUCUUUCCACUAUGGGGGCUGCCUGGGCAACGGCAACAACUUUAACACUGAGAAGGAGUGUCUCCAGACCUGUCGGACAGAGGCUGCCUGCAGACUGCCCAUCGAGGCUGGCCCCUGCCGGGGGAACUUCAUGCUUUGGGCUUUUGAUGCUGCCCAAGGGAAGUGCGUCGUUUUUUACUAUGGGGGCUGCCAGGGCAAUGGGAACAAGUUCUACACAGAGAAAGAGUGCAAGGAGUACUGCGGUGUACCCGGGGAUGGGGCCGAGGAGUUCCUGGGACUCUCCAACUGACCACAGAUCUCCUUUUGCGUGUGCCUGAGCAGAAGGUAGCCAGCCAUAUGUCUCUGGGAAGGCUGAUGAUGACAGAGGAAGCCAAGCCUAACCUAGGUCCCAAUCACCCUAAUUAAGACAAGUCUUUAAACACAAAUCCCUGGGGCAGCUGGGUGGCUCAGUGGAUAGAGCAGCAGGCCUGGAGUUGGGAAGACAUGGGUUCAAACCUGACCUCAGACACAUCCUAGCUGUGUGACCCUGGGCAAGUCACUCAACUCCCUUUGCCUUGCCUUUGUCAACUUCUGUCUCAGCGUUGUCACUAGGAUAAAGGCAAGAGUUUUUGUUUUGUUUUGUUUUGUUUUGUUUUAAUCCCAGUUUCCAGUGUUUGAAUCUCAAGUUACCACUGAUCCACUUGGCUUGUUCUGACUUCUUGUAAAGGUGACCGGACAACUCAAGCUUCUUUUUCUGCAGGCAGUAGGACUCGGUAGCUCUACUGGGUUUGCCUCCUGGUUCCUUCAAUUCAAUAAACUUUUAUUAUGAAGACUCUACUGUA